AUGGCAAACGCGGAUGACUGCGAUUGGGAAUCUCUAGAAGAAUCCAGCAGUUUCAGAUUAUCUAUCUUCCCGUAUCUCGGCGUAUCUCUCCGAUAUCUACGUAAGACAUUUGUAUUCAUUUGUAUUCAUAUCUAUCUAUCUAUCUAUCUAUCUAUCUAUCUAUCUAUCUAUCUAUCUAUCUAUCUAUCUAUCUUAACCCAUUUAGAUCUAUAUAACGCAGUCUCUCUAUCCAGGAAUGUAUUUAUCUCCAUAUUUAUAUAUAGUUAUCAAUGUAUCUGUCUCAGUUUUUCAUAUCUAUCUAUCUAUCUAUCUAUCUAUCUAUCUAUCUAUCUAUCUAUCUAUCAGUUCGAAACCGUAACUGUGUCCCACCGAGAACCUACCCAGGUAGCCAUACGAUAUCGUAUGCCACCUGCCUUAUUCGCAGGUAGCCAUACUAUAGUAUGUAUACCUGCGAAUAAGGCCUUGUCGCACGGUAUAGCUGAAUGCGCCAUCUGUGAUAACCUCCUGGGUGAUGUAGUUUUUUCAUUUUUAAAUGGCAAUAAAGAUUUCGCUUUUUCUCUUUUUUUUUCCAUUUGUAACUCUCCUUGCGUUACAACCCACUUUACUUUCCCUUCUUCUUUAUUCAUUUUUCAUUCAGUAACGAUUUCAUUUGUUCUUUUUUCCCAUUUGUAUCUCUCCUUGCUCAACAACCCACUUUACCUUUCCUUCUUUCUUUAUUUUUCAUUCAGUAACGAUUUCAUUUGUUCUUUUUUUUCAUUUGUAACUCUCCUUGUCAUACAACACACUUUUUCUUCCUUUCUUCAUUUCCUUAAUUUUUGUUUCUUUCUUUUGACUCCCUUCCUUCGUCCCUUCCUUCCUUCCUUCCUUCCUUCCUUCCUUCCUUCCUUCCUCUUUCUUUUUACUCCCUUCCUUCCUCUUACUUUUGACUCCCUUCCUUCCUUCCUCCCUUUCUUCCUUCCUUCCUCACUCUUUCUUUUUACUCCCUUCCUUACUCUUAUUUUUGACUUCCUUUCUUUCUUCCUUUCUUUCUCUUUCUUUUGA